AUGCGGAAUUUCGUAGACUUUGCUACACAAAGCUGCAGAGUGCAGGAAGCAAUGUGCCAGCAGAAAAUGAAGGACGAAGCGCAGCGCAGACUUGAGACGGCACAGAACAACGUGCGAAUGGACCCGUUCCUAGCAGAGGGUCGCCAAGAUCUCGUCAAGGGCGACAGCUCGCUAAGCCCGUGGCUCCCUCGUGUUGCUACAGGAUGUAUGGGUGGUAACAGAGAUGGAUUUAAAGGAUAUUGUUUAGCAAUAAAAGAAGCAGCAGAUGAUAAGAACGAAGAAAUAAGGAAAGAAAAAGAAGGAGAAAAAAUAAAACAAUGGGAAGAACAACAACAAUGUGAUGAGUACGAUAAACCCUAA